GGAAACGAAGAAGUAACAAGAGCAAGGGAAAGGCGGACGGGCGAGGAAGACAUGAGAUGCUGCGUUUACCAUCGCUUCUCUCUGGACAGGAUCCAGUAAACGCGCGCAUACAUAAGAAGGCAAGCCGCCAGGAUGUGGCUGAGAUUCCUUGAGGUGUGGCUUACUGCCAGGCUUCUGGCAAGCCCAACUUUCCAUCGAGCCGUCCAGCGCAUUCACAAGUCAGUCCAAGAGUUAAGAUAUGGCAAAGCACCAGAAGAUAUGGGGGGAACAAAUAUAGACGGGCCAGGACUCGGAAAGUAUUUUGAGUAUUUUCGAGAGGAACUUCGAAACCAGCUAGGGAGAAAACCACCUAGGUCAUAAAUGCAUCUAUACCCCCACAGAUAUGCGAUCUCAAAUUCUGUCUGAUGUUUCGAGUUUUCCUAUAUUUUUCUCCCUCCCGUUUCUUGAAGACGUCGUCUUUUAUGAGUAACGGGAUAUAAGUCAGGCCAAUCCCCACCUCAUUCGACGUAUGACCCGUUCGCUGUUGCCUUCAGUCCGACUCCCUUAGCGCAACUUGGUAAAUAUAUAUGAUGUGACAAAUAUAUGUGAAAUUAUACCCUAUUUCUACAAGUUGCUCUUAGAAUUAUUUAUGAAUAGUGAUUUAAUACCAAACAAAGACUUCAAACAAUGUGAUG